AGAAUUUCUUACAGUUACAUGAGUAUGCCAAUUGGGAUAUGUGUAAAAAUUUUGAGAAUAUCAGCCUAUUAUUAAAAAAAUCCUUUGAAAUAGCUAAAUGUUUUAGCUCAUGAGGUAUCUCCAAAAAUUGAAGGUUAAUUAUAAACAUAUCUUUUAUCAGGAGCCUGACUUAUAGUGAUAUCUAAAGAACUUCAGAGAUAUAGGAAGAAGAAUGAGAGGAAAGCUAGCAUUAAGGUUAUAACGAAGGAGCAGAGAGGAAGAACAGAAGCGUAGUUCAAUAGUGAGCAAUGGGCUGACUGAGGGUGUUGGGUAAAGGGGUUGGGAAGAAGGCUUUGGGGGUGGCAGGUGAGGAAGGAAUGGGAUGGAAGUUGGGGAAGGGGGGUAUUAUAGAGAGGGUGGUUUUGUAGGGUUUGUAGGGUUUGAUGUGAGGUUAUGGAGCGGUUGGUAUUGAGAAAGUAGUGGGUUGGGAAAGAGUGUUGUGAGAUUUAUUUGGAUGCUGAAGUGGAUAUUGGAGGGAUUUCUUCGAUUUUUUUGGAUUAUUCUCAGCAGGAGAGUAUGUUUUAAAUGAGGUGUAGAAAUUAAUGUACUGAGCCAAAUAAUAGAUUGCUUAGAUUUUAGAAUUUAUUCAA